GCGCGCGGCGGGGCGGGGCGGGGCGCAGCGGGGCCGCCAUGGCGGGGCCUAGCGGGCUCUUCGCCGUCUACAAGCCGCCGGGAGUGGCGUGGGGCCGCGUCCGUGAUGCGCUGGAGACGCGGCUGCUGCGCGAGCUGAACGCGGCGCCGGGCCGCCCCCCGCGGCACCACGUGCGCUUCCUGCCGGCGCCCGCCGGGGCCCCGGGGCUGGUGGCCGCCAGGGUGCCGCUGCUGGCCGACCACCCCCUCGUGCGAGGGCCGCGGCUCGGGCGGCUGAGGAUCGGCGCGGGCCACCGGCUGGACGCGAAGGCCUCGGGAGUCCUCGUUCUGGGCCUGGGCCACGGGAACAGGCUGCUCACCGACUGGUACAACUGCCACCUCACCAGGGUUUACACUGUUGAUGGGCUGUUUGGUAAAGCCACUGAUGACUUCUCAGACACAGGGAAGCUAGUAGAGAAGACAACGUUUGAUCAUAUCACAAGGGAGAAGCUGGAACGGAUUCUUGCCGUCAUUCAAGGAACAAAUCACAAGGCCCUGGUGAUGCAUUCUCACAUUGAUAUGAAAACACAAGAGGCAUAUGAGCUGGCUAUCAAAGGCUUGAUUCGCCCCAUGGGAAAAAGUCCCCCGAUAAUCACAGCAGUCCGAUGCCUCCAGUUCGCACCUCCAGAAUUUCAGCUAGAAAUGCACUGUUUGCAUGAGACUCAGCAGUACCUCCGAAGAAUAGUUCAUGAGAUUGGUCUGGAGCUGAAAUCAUGUGCCGUGUGCACGCAAGUGCGAAGAAUACGCGACGGUGUUUUCACGCUGGAUGAUGCUCUCCUGAGGAGCCAGUGGAACCUGCAGAGUAUACAGAAUGCGAUUUGGAACUGUCAGCUUAAAGUGACAACAGAGUUAGAGAAAACACUAGGCCAUCAAAGUAAAAGUCAUCUUCAUAAGUUGGACGUGGACAUGGCCCACGCUGCAGACAGCUGAGCGUGUGGCAAUCUCUGCAGCACAAGAACACAGCUCAUGCUGACAGCAUGGUGUACAGCAGAAGGAAAGAGGUUAAUUGCAGUUCACUUCCACCCUUUCCUUGAGAUGACUUUAAUCAGAGAGGCAUUUUUUUCAGUGACAAGCUGUAUAAUUUUUUCUAAAGCACCGCAAAUGGUUCAUUAACAGGAGCUGGCUGUGCCAAAAUUCCUCUUGACUUUGGGAACAUGUGGUUGCUAAGGGAUAGAAAAACCCAUCCCCAAAUUGUUUAGCAGCAGGAACUAGACAGCGUCUUAGAGAGCUGUAUUCCCUUGGUUGCAUGGAUUUGUUUGUUCCUUGCAACUGGCAGCAUAACCCAUCCACUAUAUGGAUUUUAUUUUC